GGGCAAUGCAAUAUGAAGAAAUUUCUAUCUUUGGCGGUCACAUUAUAAAAAAUCCAUGCUUCAUAACAAUCUUAAUGCAGCAACCUCAUUAGUUCUGUUCUGAAACCAAAUCCGACGGCCAUGAGAUCCCAAACCUUAACAUCCUCGAGUUCAACCAUUUUUCUUGUUUUUGUCAUCUAUUUAUGCUUCUGUCCCUCAAGUUCAGGAAAUCUCAAGAAUUUUCUGCAGACAGGGUCUUCUCUGUCAGUGGAAGAUGACAAGGACAUGUUAACAUCUUCAGACAACACCUUCACCUGUGGCUUUUAUGGUGUUGGUGAAAAUGCUUACUACUUCUCAAUCUGGUUCACCAACUCCAAGGACAAAACGGUUGCUUGGAUGGCUAACCGAGACAAACCCGUCAAUGGAAAGGGCUCUAAACUUUCUCUUCAUCGAGAUGGUGCCUUCGUACUCACUGAUGUGGAUGGCUCCAUUACGUGGGAGGCCAACACCAGAACCACAUACGUUGAAAGGGCAGAGCUUUUGGAUAAUGGGAAUCUCGUUCUUAAGAAUUCAUCUGGUAAAGUUGUUUGGCAAAGCUUUGAUUUCCCCACAGAUACGCUUCUUCCUCACCAACGCUUUACCAAAAGUAAGAAGUUGAUUUCCAUACUGGGGAGAGGAAAUUAUGGCACUGGAUAUUUCAACUUUUUUUUUGAUACUGAUAAUGUCUUGAGAUUGGUAUAUGAUGGGCCUGAUAUAUCAAGCGUGUAUUGGCCUAAUGUUGAUUUUGAUGCGUUUGGAAAUGGGAGAACCAACUUUAACAGUACUAGGAUUGCUAUGUUAGAUGACAUGGGAUGGUUUUUAUCAAGUGAUUGGUUGAAUUUCAAUGGUUCUGACUCGGGUUUUGGGAUCAGAAGGAGGCUGACCAUGGAUUACGAUGGUAACCUCAGGCUUUAUAGCUUGAAUAUCGCGUCAGGAUUAUGGACCAUCAGAUGGGAAGCAGUUAGGCAACUUUGUUCGGUGCAUGGACUUUGUGGGAGGAAUGGGAUCUGUGUUUACACACCAGAACCUAAAUGUUCAUGCCCUCCUGGAUAUGAGAUGGCCGAUCCAAGUAAUUGGAACAAAGGUUGCAAGCCUAGGUUCAGUCGAAUCUGUUCUUCAAAGUCCCCUCAGCAGGUGAAAUUCGUGAAGAUGCGAUAUGUGGACUUUUAUGGAUUCGAUUCCUCUUACAGUCCAGGCAUAACAUUAGAAUCUUGCAAGAUGAAAUGCUUGGAAGAUUGCCAGUGUAAUGCAUUUAGCUACAGGCUAACAGGGGACGGAAAUUGUUUCACUAAAGUUGAACUUUUCAAUGGCUACGAGUCUCCAAAUUUCCCAGGUGCCUUGUAUUUAAAGCUCCCUUUGAGUAUAGAAACAUCAGAAGUCAUCGUUCUCAAUGGCACUAAUCAUACAUGCAAGUUAGGUGAAACCACAGUAACGAUAGGCUUAGGCUCUUCUUCUACAUUAGAAACCAGAGCAAGAAGGGUGACAUGGGUUUAUCUAUACUCAUUUGCCUCUGUUAUUGGUGCAAUUGAAAUGCUUUUCUUCGUAUCAGGUUGGUGGUUUCUUUUUCGAAAAAGUGGCAUUCCAGCUAUGGUGGAAGAAGGAUAUCGUGUAUUAUCUAAUCAUUUCAGGAAGUUCAGCUAUAUGGAGCUCAAGAAGGCAACUAAGAACUUCCAAGAAGAGCUGGGAAGAGGAGCUUCCGGGGUUGUAUUUAAGGGUGUGUUGGCGGAUGAAAGGGUGGUGGCGGUCAAGAAAUUGGGAGAUGCUCAUCUAACUGAGGAAGUUUUCUGGGCAGAAGUGAGCAUAAUUGGAAAGAUCAACCACAUGAACCUUGUGAGAAUGUGGGGAUUUUGUUUAGAACCCAAACAUAGACUUUUGGUCUAUGAGUACGUAGAAAAUCGGUCUUUGGACAAACAUCUCUUUUCGGGUAACGUUCUUGGAUGGAAUGAGAGGUUUAAAGUUGCCUUAGGGACAGCAAAAGGUUUGGCCUACCUUCACCAUGAGUGCUUAGAAUGGGUUAUUCAUUGUGACGUGAAACCUGAAAACAUACUCUUGGAUGGUGAAUUUGAACCCAAGAUUUCGGAUUUUGGACUAGCAAAGCUGUCUGAAAGGGAUCGUAAUAAUUCGGAAAUGUCUCGAAUCCGAGGAACAAAAGGGUACAUGGCUCCUGAUUGGGCAUUAAACCUUCCGAUCACUGCAAAAGUUGAUGUCUAUAGCUACGGGGUCGUGAUUUUGGAGUUGGUGAAGGGCAUUCGACUCUCUCACUGGGUGGUGGAGGAUGGCGAUGAGCAGGAAACUGAAUUAACAAGAUUCAUUAAGGUAGUGAAAAGAAAAAUGCAAGUUGAGGAGAUGGCCUGGGUUGAGGAUAUUGUGGACAAAAGAUUAAAUGGACAUUUCAGCAGAAUUCAAGCGGAGAAAAUGGUUGAAUUUGGAAUAUCUUGUGUGGAUGAAAAUAGAAGUAAGAGACCAACAAUGGAUUCCAUAGUUCAAACUCUACUAGAAUGUGAAGAUGCAGUUAAGAUCCACAAUCAAAUCAGAGAAUGGUAGGCGUACUUAAGCUGUAACAAUAAAUCAAUAAAAAGAACAACUUGUUUUAUGCGA